AUGACAGCGACCGUGCCGAUCGCGCUGUACGAGGGUGUGCCGGAGGUAUAUGAAGGAGCGGGAUGUGGAGGUGGUGGCGUGCUGAAGGAGCUGGGCCCCGGAAUCACCUUCAGUGCGGAAGGCGAGGUCUCCGCGCUGGAGUGCUUCAACUGGAAAAACUCGGAGAUCGAGGGCACGGACAAGAGGGGACAUUUCAGGCGUGUGCAGGCGAGCUAUGUAAGCGAGGGGAAAGACAUUCCGCAGGAGAUGCUGUUCCUCGAUGACGCUACGUAUAAUAGUGUUGUCGCUGAUCUCGCAGCAGCCCAACCACAGACACCACUCGCAACCCCACCCCCUUUCACCUUCACCUACUCCACUAUCAUGGCCGGUGCACCUAAGAAGGGAGCUAAGCCCAGCGCUGCCGUCAACGUUGCGGGCAGCAUCCCCACUCCCAAGGCUGCCUCGCCCGGCAAGCCUUCCUCGCCCCCUCCGAGCAAGGGUGCUCCCGCCGCUACUGAGACGGCCAAGGCCAAGGUCGGCGGGAAGGCGCCCAAGAAGAAGUAG